AUGACGAAGGAGAAGGUUGCUCUCGCUCCGGAUGAACAGCCAGUACCAACGAAAAAGGAGCGUAGGCUGAGGAUAAUCAAGCUUGCAGUCUCCCUCAUGCUUCCUGUGUUCCUCGAGACUCUUGACCAGACGGUCGUCGCCACAGCACAGACCAGAAUCGCGUCUCAGUUCAACUCCCUCGGAGAGCAGCAAUGGAUCGGGACAGCUUAUCUGCUCACAGCGACCGUUUUCCUCCCCAUAUUCGGGAGUAUCGCCGACAUUUUCGGACGGUAUUGGGCCCUGCAGCUCGCUACACUUCUCUUCAUCAUCGGCUCCGCCAUCUGCACAGGUGCGCAGAACAUGAUCCCCCUCAUCAUUGGUCGUGCCCUUUCCGGCAUCGGCGCAGGCGGGCUUACAACCCUCGCACGAAUCAUCCUCAACGACUCUGGCAACCUGAAAGACAACAACACCCAGACUGCGAUCCUCAGCUUGCUCUACGCAAUCGGUUAUGCCGUCGGCCCCGUCAUUGGUGGUGGACUCGCAACCGCGAACUGGCGUUGGUGUUUCGCUAUCAACCUUCCCUGCUGCGUACUCGGCAUGCUCGCAUCCUACUUCUUCCUCCGGCACCACCCAAACCCUGCUGCGCCCCCACCCGGGACGACCGCCAUCCAGAAACUCCAAAAGAUAGACUACGUCGGCGCAUUCCUGUUCGUCUCAGGCGGCGUACUCAUCAUCCUCGGUCUCUCUUGGGGCUCUCAAGAAGAGUGGAAUGAACCCAGGGUCAUCGCUGUCUUCGUCGUCGGUGGUGUCCUUGUCAUCCUCUUUUACCUCUGGGAACGGUUCCUGGAGCGUCGUGUCGCUGGGCCGCACAAGGAGGUCGCUUGGCUCGCUGAGCAGCCUAUGAUCCCUGCAGCUUUAUUCAAGGACCUCGACGUGAUCGCUACCAGUGUGAUCAUCUUCGGUGGCGGGAUGCUUAUGUUCGGCAUGUUCUACUUCGUCUCCACCUACUUCAUCAUCGUACAAGGCUAUUCCCAGAUUCGCGCCGGUCUCGUCCUUCUCGCCUUCACCCCAGGUCUUGGGGUCGGAGUCAUGAUCUCCCGCCGCGUCAUCCUCGUGACGAAGCAGGCGAAGUACGUCUGCGUUGUGGGGGCCUUCCUCGCACCGAUUGGUGCGGGUCUUACCGGCAUGGCAAUGCAGAACGGGAACACCACUGAGCUAUAUGUGUUCACUGCCAUUGUCGGACUCUCAUGCGGCCUGGUCAUCCCCAGCACCGCAAUCCAACUCCGGUUCACCCACCAGUCGGACGAAGUCGCCACCGUCGUCGCGCUCAGCAUGUUCUUCCGCACGAUGGGCGGCACGGUAGGUCUUGCUCAGAUGGGCGCGGUGCUCAACGCCAAAGCACGAGACUCUCUCCUUGCUGCUGCCUAUUUGGGCCAGUAUACCGCUCAGGAGAUCGGAGAGGCCAUCGCCGCGCUCGUCUCGCAGGACCUCAUCCAAGGCCUUCCAGAACACGUUCUCAACCUGGUGAGAAGCUCCAUGUCCAACGGUGUGUACUGGAGCUUUAUCUCUCUCAUCCCUUGGGUCGGCGUGGGCGCUCUCAUCUCCCUUUUCAUGUCUCGGCACCUCAUGUUCGAGGAGCCUCAGAACUAG